GCUGCGGCGGUUCCGCUGGCUCCGAAGUCGCUGGGUACACGGCCGCCUCCUCCGAGCGACACGCGCGGGAGCUGGGGCUAGGGCUGUUCGGCGCUGCUCGAGGCUGCGUCACCGUCGCCUCGUCCGUGCAGAGCAGCAUUGUACUACAAGUCAAUCGAUACAAUAAUAAUUUAAGUCACUUCAGCUAUAAUGGAAAAGUAUGAAAAAUUAGCUAAGAUUGGAGAAGGGUCUUAUGGGGUUGUAUUCAAAUGCAGAAACAAAACCUCUGGACAAAUAGUAGCUAUUAAAAAAUUUGUGGAAUCUGAAGAUGAUCCUGUUGUUAAGAAAAUAGCACUAAGAGAAAUACGUAUGUUGAAGCAAUUAAAACAUCCAAAUCUUGUGAACCUCAUUGAGGUGUUCAGGAGAAAAAGGAAAAUGCAUUUAGUUUUUGAAUACUGUGAUCAUACACUUUUAAAUGAGCUGGAAAGAAACCCAAAUGGAGUUGCUGAUGGAGUGAUCAAAAGUGUAUUAUGGCAAACACUUCAAGCUCUUAAUUUCUGUCAUAUACAUAACUGUAUUCACAGAGAUGUAAAACCUGAAAAUAUUCUAAUAACUAAGCAAGGAAUAAUCAAGAUUUGUGACUUUGGGUUUGCACGAAUUCUGAUUCCAGGAGAUGCCUACACCGAUUAUGUAGCUACGAGAUGGUACCGAGCUCCUGAACUUCUUGUGGGAGAUACUCAGUAUGGUUCUUCAGUCGAUAUAUGGGCUAUUGGUUGCGUUUUUGCAGAGCUCCUGACAGGCCAGCCACUGUGGCCUGGAAAAUCAGAUGUGGACCAACUUUAUCUGAUAAUCAGAACACUAGGAAAAUUAAUCCCAAGACAUCAAUCAAUCUUUAAAAGUAACCAGUUUUUCCAUGGCAUCAGUAUACCUGAACCAGAAGACAUGGAAACUCUUGAGGAAAAGUUCUCAGAUGCUCAUCCUGUGGCUCUGAACUUCAUGAAGGGGUGUCUGAAGAUGAAUCCAGAUGACAGAUUAACCUGUUCCCAACUCCUGGAGAGCUCCUACUUUGAUUCUUUUCAAGAGGACCAAAUUAAAAGAAAAGCACGUAAUGAAGGAAGAAACAGAAGACGCCAGCAGAAUCAACUAUUGCCUCUCAUACCAGGAAGCCACAUCUCCCCCACACCUGAUGGAAGAAAACAAGUCCUCCAGUUAAAAUUUGAUCAUCUUCCAAACAUUUAGGAAAAUGUUCUUUCAAGUGCAAAGUAAUUUAAUAUGUACACAUUUUGUACAAGUGAGAUAGGAAUUCUCAGUGUUUCAAAUGCAAAUGAGCCAUAUGAAAAUUAAGAUGCCUUCUAGAAUUGUUUUGCUCUGAUCAUUGCUGAUUCCUUUCCCCGUGCUUUUACAUGCCAACUUUAUCUUUUAGAAUAUUUUCUUUAAAUGUUAUAAAGCCUAAAACUGCACAUAUGGAAGAGACAUUUUCAAUUUCAUCAGAGCAGCCCCUCCUGAGCCUAUUUAUAUGGAGAAUUUGUGAGCUUAUACUUUGAUUUAUGAAAAAGAUUUACAUGUGUCAUCUUGCUUCAGCUGACCACAUAAUUUCUUAAAGCAAUAUCAAAUAGGCUGCCUCACUGUUUGUGUAAGAAAUGACAUAUGUUCCUGCAUUGUAAUUCAUACUUAUUGUAACCAGGUCUGUUGAGUAAUGCUGGUAUCUUGUUCUGUGUUUUUAUAUUGGUGUAGAAAGGGAACCUUGAAAAGUCAUUCAGGUUUAUCUCUAGAUUCCACGGCAGGCUCUCCUUUGUCUGUCUCAUGAGGCAUUGAUGAUUCUAUUUUUAAAGCUAGCUAGAGAAAAUUACAUACAAAUUCCAAUACAGAGCAAACAGUGGACCAACGACAAGGAAUUGCCAUCCUCAUCAGUAACGCCCUCGGAUAAUUGUCGUCUGCUGUCCUUUGCUAUAUCACCAUUCCUUAUCCUUUUCUCCUCCUGUCUAAGUCAUCUCAGGACCCAAGCCGAUCCUCCUGGAUGUGUUGUCUAAAUAGCUCAUGGCCAGUACUCUCUUGCAAACGUUUGCAUCCAUAGCCUCUAUGAAACUGUACAGCUCAAAACUAGUGAGUGCAUCUUAAUCAGGUUGGUUUGUAAACACAAGAGCAGGAAGAUUAUCUUUCAGUUAAUAUUAUUUCAUAUCUCUUACAAAACAACAAAGCAAAGCAAACCCCUCAAUAACUGAGCUGAAUUUACUUUGGGAUAUUUUCCCAACCAAACUUGACAUACCUAUGUAUAUAUA